AUGGUGAAGCUUGCGACCGCCAGGGAGGCGCGCAUGUACGGGCCGGCGCUGGCCGUGCGCCGGUGGGAGUACGCCAACGCCGGGGCGUACGUGUUCGCGGCGCUGCUCUUGGCCGUGGCGCUCGCGGCGCUGUCCGCGGGCGGCGGGGCCAGGCCGGCGCUCGCCGUGGCCGCCGUGGCGCUGGGGAUCGUCGGCGCCGUCAACGCGCACGACCUCGCGGCGCACCUCGCCGGCGUGGACUGCCGGGUGGGGCUUGUCAGGUACGACGUCCAGCUCGGGCUCGUGGAGCUUCUCGUGCCGGCGCUGCAUGUGGUUGGGUGUGUCCUCGCCGUCGUCGCCAUGGCCUUGCUGCUCUCUCAGGGGAGGGAGACGCACGCGGCGAACACGCUGCUCGCGGCGGCGCUGGUGUGGCUGCUGGGGUCGGUGCUCAACUCGUGCCAGGUGUACGAGCGCGCCGACGGGCGGGCGCAGCUGCUGCAGUCGAGCGUGCAGGUCCCUCUGCUUCUCGGGAGCCUACUCUUCCUGGUCGCCGGAGUGGCCAACCGCCGCCGCGUCCUCGACUGGCGCCGCGAGCCGGUGCUAGUGGGACGGAGCUGGGCGUGGCUGUGCCUGUUCGGGAGCUUGCUGUGGCUGGUGGCGGCGGUGCUCAACAUGCUGAAGGUGUUGGUGAUGCACCAGAGCGACGCGGUGCGGCUGGAGAAGCUGCGCGGCGGCGCGCAGGAGCGGCUGAGCCGUGACCGGGAGGGCCGCGUGCCGCUCAACUGGGAGGAGGCCGCCAGGAGCAGGAGGACGGCUCUGCCGGUUGAUCUGCGCUCAUAAUAUUCCUCCUCACCCGUUCUGUAAAAAAGUUGAGCAUGAUCUUGGUUGCAUGUCUUCUAAACAAUUACUUCCUCUC